AGUUCUGAUAAAUAUUUUGAAAGUUAUGAAGAUCUGAAUAUACACCAUCAAAUGUUAAAUGAUACGUCAAGAACUGUCGCUUAUAAAAAUGCAAUAUUUAACAUGAAAAGUAGUUUUGUCGAUAAAAUAGUUAUGGAUGUAGGAGCUGGAACAGGUAUAUUAUCGAUUUUUAGUGCCCAAGCUGGUGCUAAAAAGAUAUAUGCAAUUGAGGCAAGUAAUUUAGCUAAUUUAAUUUCACAAGUAGCUGAAGAAAAUAAUGUUAAAGAUAAAAUAGAAAUUAUAAAAAAACCAGUUGAAGAUAUAAAUUCAAAUGACAUACAAAAAGUAGAUAUUAUUGUAUCAGAAUGGAUGGGAUUUUAUUUGGUUCAUGAAGGGAUGUUAAAUUCUGUUAUAAUUGCAAGAGAUAAAUUUUUAAAACCCAAUGGAUUGAUGUUCCCAUCUAUAGCCAAAAUAUAUGCUGCUCCAUGUCAAUUACCAAGUUACAAUGAUUUUUGGGAUGAUAUUUGUGGAGUAAGCAUGAAAUGCAUUGCUCAAAAUUAUAGACAGACAAAAUCAUUAAAACCAGAGAUAUUAUAUGUACCUAAAAAAGAUAUUUUAGUAGAAGAUAAAUUACUUAUUUGGCUUGAUUUAAAUAAUACAACUUUAGAAGAAUUAAAUUCUCUUGGAGGAGAACAAACUGUAUUAGUAUGUUCUAAAAAUGGUAAAUAUCAAGGAUUCUGUAUUUGGUUUGAUGUUGAAUUUCCGGAUGGCUCCUUGCUAUCAACUUCUUCUAAGGUAGAACCAACUCAUUGGAAACAAACUGUGAUUGUUUUACCACAUUCCAUACACUUAAAUAAAAAAGACCCUGUUGCCUUUACACUUAAUAUUAAUAAAAGUAGUUCAAAUCCUAGAUGGUAUAAUAUUAUAUUUACAAUGCUUGAUGCUACUGAAGUUCCCCAUGAUAUACCAUGCGAUUGUUAUAUGUCUAGAUGUAUUAUUACAAAAACAUAUAUGGAAAACCAAGGUAAAGAAAUAUAACGAACAUAAAAAUGAAAUUUUAAAGUUAUAUAUUAUUUAUCA